AUGGAGAACAAGAAAAAGAAAAUGGGGGUUCUUGGCAAGCUUUUUGGUUCGCUGUCGACAAAUCUUGUUGAAACCCCAGCGUCCCCAGAUCAGUCUUCACAGGAUAACUCACCAGUGCAUACUCCUGUUCGGUCACUUUCCCCUAAUUUGGAAUCAGAACAUCUCAGAAUAACUUCUCCCAAGCUGCCCCUGCCUUCGUCCAUCAGUCUGGCAGUUUCUGAAACGCAAAACGUCUCUCAUACAUCUCCGCGACAAUCUGUUCAACCACCAACACCUACUAAUCAGAGUCGAGAAAACCAUUCCCAGCAUGAAAUUCUUCAGAUGCCUACCCCCCAUUAUACAACUCAAAACAAAUCUCCCGCAGUUUCCCGUGCAUCUUCAGUUGUGGGCAAGCGCAGUAAUCCUUCAAGCAGUGCUGUUUCAAGAGCCUCCUCCGUAGCCGGGAAGAAAACAAAGCCUCUUUCACCAGUAGACGGAAAGCUCGACAAAGAAAAAGAUAAGGAUAAAGAUUCUCAAAAACCUAAUACUUCAGCUAAUGUUAGUGCUACAAAGCCCAGAUUUCGUAUGCUUGAAAACGGUAAUCAUGAGCACAACUUGCGUUCAGCUAAACGUCAAGAGAAGCUUACCAAUAUGCUUAAGGAUCUUUUAGGAGCUAAAAAGCUUCGAGAUGAAGCCAAAAGUGCCGUACCAGAUAUCUUGAACCUGGACCUCUCGUCUCAAGCCAACUCACAGGAUGGACGACAAAAACCUCCCACAUUAUUUGCAGGUUUGGUGAGCCAAGUGAAAAACAACUCACUGCCUUAUCACGGACCUGCUAUCGCUCCUUCUGAAGAUUGUCGUUCUUUUGUGGAGAAAUACGGGCGGUGUCAAGAAGUCAUUGGAAGGGGUUCUUUCGGAGUCGUGAGAGUAUCGCACAAACGAACAGAUACCACAGAGGAGGUUUUAUAUGCGGUGAAGGAAUUUAAAAGGCGCCCGAACGAACUGGAGAAAAAGUAUAAUAGGCGUUUGACACUGGAGUUUUGCAUUUCACUGUCAUUAAAGCACCUCAAUAUAAUAGACACCCUUGAUUUGCUCAAGGAUGCCAAAGGUGAAUACUGUGAGGUGAUGGAGUUUUGUCUGGGUGGUGAUUUGUUCACACUUAUCAUUGCACUGGGAAAACUUGAAUAUGCCGAGGCCGACUGUUUUUUCAAACAGCUUAUAAGAGGUGUGAAUUACAUGCAUGAAAUGGGAGUGAGCCAUCGAGAUUUAAAACCAGAAAACGUAUUGUUAACUAAAAAUGGAGUUAUCAAGAUUACUGACUUUGGUAAUGGUGAAUGUUUCAAAAUGGCAUGGGAACAAGAAAUUCAACUCAGUGAGGGUAUAUGUGGCCUGUCACCAUAUAUAGCUCCCGAGGAGUUUACCCAGCAAUCUUUUGAUCCUCGUUGUGUGGAUAUAUGGGCUUGUGGUGUGAUUUACAUGGCCAUGCGAACUGGUAGGCAAUUGUGGCAGCUAGCUGAUCCCAAGAAGGAUAGUUUCUUCGAGGAAUAUUUGCUAAAGAGGAAAGAUGCUACAGGAUACGAACCCAUAGAAUCGCUUAAAAGGGCAAGAUGCCGCAACGUCAUUUACCUGAUACUCGAUCCAAAACCUGAACGGCGUAUUACCGGAAAACAAAUCCUCAAUAGUGAAUGGGGACGAGAGAUUAAGCUCUGUCAGGCAGCUGAAAUUGGCUAG